AUGCCCCCUCCCAGCUCUCCCCCCUCUGCAGCCAGCCCCGGGGCCUUCAUGGACGGCAGUAUCCUGGCCAUCGUCAUCGCCACGGGCAGAACUCUGGGCUCAGCCCUGUCCCGGAAAUCAGAUGGCUACUGCUGGAUGGGGCUGGAUGGGACUGGUCUGGGCCAGGGCAUUGGGCUGGCCCUGACAGACUCAUUUCCUUAUUUGUGUUCAUUGUGGCCAUCCUGCUGCUCCUUCUGCUCCUGUACCAGCGCGACCCGCAGUGCUGCCAACUCCUGUGCUCCUGCCGCUUCUUCCAGAACCCCAGUCAGUAUGACUGCCCCCCUCCCUACUUCAGCCACCACCAGAAUUUGGGGGGGGUCCCACACUGGGGCCCAGCUCGCGGACAGAACUGCAGAGACCCCCCGAGGGGAGGGCAAUGAGCCGUUCUGCGUGGGGCCGCCUCAUGGCUACCAGCUCCGCCCGUGGCAGCCCCCUCGUCUGCCCAGCUACGAGAGCAUUCGCAAGAAGGACCGCCAGCAGCACAUCCACCAACUAAUAGCCCGGCGCUUUGGGCUGUGGGCCCGUGGAGAGAUGCCCCCCACCUACGAAGAGUCCCUGAGAGCUGAAGUCGGGGGCCAGGGUGCGGUUGCCUUCCCAGGGCCCAGAAACACAGCGGUGUAGGGGCCCUGGCCUCACCCGGCUCUUCCCCGGGGGUGGAAUGCCCAGCACUGCAAGACCAGUUCCCCCUCCUGCCCGCUGCUGUUGCUGCCCUCUGGCUCAGCCCCAUCCACCUCAAGCCCUGACUGUUACUGGGAGCUGGGCUGUCGACUCUGCUCCUCCGGCCCCAGUGGGAAAGGGGAAGCGCUAGGUCAGCCGGGAGCAGGGCAGGAAUAAUAAUAAUGGUAUUUGUUGAGCACUUAAGACGUGCUAAGUACCAUAUUUUUCUAACUACCUGGGUAGAUAUAAGAUAAUCACGUCGGACACAAGCCUUGUCCCAUAAGGGGCUUACAGUCUAAGUGGGGAAGCCGGGUUGCAGGAGCCGAGACCCACUUAAGCUCCACGGCAAAUCGGGAGAGUCCCUGGAAUGGGCACCCAGGAACUCUAGGCCUGAGGCAACUAUGGGGUGGAGAUGACCCAGGCCCCAGCCUCAUCAACUGCUCCAACCCCUGGAAGAAACACCGCAGCUCCAGGACCACCGAGAAGAGGAGAGGCCAGGGGUUGGGGGGCCUGCCUGUGGGACCCCACGGGUUUAGCCCACCUUAAGGGGCUCCGGCUUUACACAUAAACCACGAUGAGAAGA